CUCUCAUUUCACCACAAAAAAAAUGGCUGAGAAUUUCGCAGUUCCAAAAUACUUGACAACCAUGAGUUUAAUCCUAGGGUUUAUGGAGUUAUUCACAACCGGGACAAGUAUACUCCUACCCGCACUCGGGGAUAUCUCCGGCUCCCUUCGAAAUGAUACCGAAUCCAUCAAUUCAACCUCAACAGAUUAUGGCCAUAUAGUUUAUCAAUACGCAUCUGCAGUUCUUAAUCCAACGUCGCCAAAUGACAUCGCAAGUUUAAUCCUAUCCGCAAACAACAAUUCUGCGCCUUUCAGUGUAGCUGCUAGGGGCCAGGGCCAUUCUGUUCGUGGACAGGCCCUGACCUCUGAUGGCGUUGUCAUAAACAUGACAGCUUUGAUCAGUAAUGGGUCUAGAAUUGUAGUCUCUGAGAGCCCUUCUUUGGGUUCUUAUGCUGAUGUUGGAGGUGAGCAGCGUUGGAUCGAUGUGUUGCAUGCUACACUCGACCGUGGUCUUACUCCAGUUUCAUGGACUGACUACCUCUACCUCAGCGUUGGUGGCACGCUCAGUAACGCCGGAAUCAGCGGGCAAACGUUUCGUUAUGGACCUCAAAUCAACAAUGUCUAUGAACUCGAUGUUGUAACAGGGAAGGGGGAAUUAGUUACAUGCUCCUCAAACAAGGUGCCAGGGCUAUUUUAUGCUGUUCUCGGAGGCUUAGGCCAAUUUGGUAUAAUAACCAGAGCAAGGAUUCCCCUAGAGCCAGCUCCGAAGAGGGCUAAAUGGGUUCGAAUGAUGUACAGCAACUUCUCUGCAUUUUCAAAAGAUCAAGAACGUUUAAUGGCAAACAACGGAUUCGAUUAUUUAGAAGGUUUCCUUCUAAUGAAGCAGGGUCCUCUAGACCUUUCCUUUUACCCAUUACUCGAUCAACCAAGAAUAACAGCUUUAAUAAAUCAAUACGGCAUCAUCUACUACAUAGAAGCAGCUAAAUAUUAUGAUGAUAGCACUCGAACAACAGUGGACAAGGUAGUUGAAAAAUUGAUCAACGGGUUAAGCUUCGUUCCGGGAUUUUUAUUCAAUCAAGAUGUAUUGUACAUAGAUUUUCUGGAUAGAGUGCACACUGAAGAGGAAAAACUUCGAUCACUUGGACUAUGGGAUAUUGCUCAUCCAUGGCUGAAUAUCUUUGUACCAAAAUCACGAAUUUUGGACAUUGAUUCGGGUGUUUUCAGGAACAUUCUUCUCAAACAAAAUGUUCCUACGGCAGUGACCCUCAUUUACCCCAUGAACCGAAAAAAGUGGGACGGUAGGAUGUCUGCAGUUAUUCCAGAUGAAGAUGUUUUCUAUGUUGUAGGGCUCUUGCAUGCAAGCGGAUUCAAUGACUGGCAGGCAUUUGAUGAAGUAAACAGACAAAUACUGCAAUUUUGUAAUGAUGCUGGCAUUCUGGUUAAGCAGUACCUUCCCCACUAUGAAACACAGGAGGAUUGGAAAACCCAUUUCGGAACAAAGUGGCAAAGUUUCCAAGACAGGAAAGUUAGGUUUGAUCCAAACAAGAUAUUAGCACCAGGACAAAGGAUUUUCAGUGUUUUGUAAUUAAGCAUUGUAUGUUUAAAGUAGUAGCAGUUGGAAGUAGCUGGGAACUUAAAAAUAAUAUACAAUGUUUAGUAACUUUUUACAUG